UCCCGACCCACGACCGGUUCCUCGCCAUGUUCGCCGCCAUCUUUACACUCUCACCCCUGACCUCCCCGGGACCUGAGACAGGCGGCUUACUUCCCACUUCCGGUCCAGAGUCAGACGUCACUUCCUGGGCGGAGUCCGGUGGCCGGGGUCCUGAGUGUGUGCUGCAUGUGCGGCGGCGCCCUGUGACUCUCUGCUGCCCCCUGCCGCCUGUCAUCCUGCAGUUCCGAUGUUUGCCGCAUCUGUCCCGGGGUGCACAGUGUGAUUACGGCCAUGGCGUGCCCUCUGACCCCUGCUGCCCUGUAGGUGCCCCCGGGCUACUCUUCUCUGCCAUGUCAGGAUUCAACAGGCAGCACCCCGGGAAGAAAGGGAAGACGCUGAUCAUCCAGGAUGACAGUGACGCUGAGAAUCCGGAUGAAGGUAACCCGUUUUCUUUCAAGGAGUUUGUGAGAAGCAAAAACUUCACGUUGCCUGCAGGAAGAAACUGUGACGGGGAUUUCUCCAUUGAAUCCCAACAUGGUACCACUGUCCUCCCUGAGCCCCGGGACAAGUUUGCCUUGAGUUCUAAGUACCAGGACACAUUUUUUAAGGACCCCACAGUGGAUGAGGAUCUCCUGGAGGAGGAGGAGGAGGAUUAUGAAGAGGAGGAGGAGGAGGAGGACUGGAGUGGAAGCUAUCACCCAUCAGUUGUAGAGCAGACCCUUAAUGCCAGCACGUCUCCUGACAGUAUAUACCAUGAGUCUUAUGUAUACAGUGACGUCUCAAGGGACCAGUUUACGACACUGCAUCUCCCUGGAGGAACCGCUCCUGAUGCUGAUGGUUACCCCAUUCCAGAGCCGGCCACCUCAACUACCAAAAACCCUGCCAAUUGUGUGCUGCCCAAGAACAAGCAGAUGACCCACGAGGAGGUCCUGGAAGAAAAUAAUUGUCUGAAAAGAAAAAUUGAAGAACUUCGGAAACUUAAUGAAUCGCAGGGAGAAAAGGUUAAACAUUUUGAGCAAAAACUGGAAAAAAAAAUUCUGGAGGAGCAGAAGGAAGCACAAGACCUGGAGUCCAUGGUGCAACAAGUGGAGGCCAACCUGCAGAUGAUGACGAAAAGAGCCGCAAAAGCUGAGAGCAACGUGACCAAACUGAGGCAGGAAGUCACUCUACUCCAGAUCCAGCUUAAUACUUUCAAAGCGGAGAAUGAAGCCUUGCGGCGGGGGGAGACGGCCGGAAUGAUCGCAGUGAAACAAAAUGCCGGCUUAGCUCUGGAGAACCUGCACAAGGCAGUGAGCGGAGCGCAGGCUUCCAUCAAGCAGCUGUUGUCCGGUGGGGAGGCUUUGAACCUUGUCGCUGAACUGCUGAGAUCCAUUGACAGAAUAGCAGAAGUCCACGAUGAUGGUUCAUAAUGACGACCACUACCUUAUGGAACUGGGAAAAAUACAGAAAACUCUCCGCCAUGACAGGUGUGUGCGCAUCCAUGCAUGGACUGAAGAAAAGAAAUAUCCAACUAAAUGGCUGCUCGGCUUUAUUCAGUAUUCUGGACUCUAAUAUAUCCUUUAGGGGUUGCCUUUAUAUAGAAUAUAGAUUUUUAAUUUUUUCAGAAACAGCGCCAUCCUUGUCUACAGGCUGCAUCCGGUAUUGCAGAUUUAAGAAAAUAGAGCUCAGCUGCAAUAGCAGAUACAGCGUAGGGACAGUGUCAUGGUUCUGUAUAAUAAAGCAGACCCCCUUAGUCUAAUCUUAGACCACC